UUGGAUUGAAACGCUCUUGGAGAACGUUGCGGACCUUCGUCUAGGACUUCGACCCUGCGUCCUCUCCGCCAGGUGGCCCAGCGCACUUACCACCAUGGAGCUGCGGUCACCUCUCGGGGCCACCUGUUUGCUGGGCUUGAGUUUCCUGCUCCUCGCCACCUCUUCUGAUGGACACAUUGGGCUUGGAAAGGGUUUCGGUGAUCACAUUCAUUGGAGGACACUAGAAGAUGGGAAGAGAGAAGCAGCUGCCAGUGGCUUACCCCUGAUGGUGAUUAUCCAUAAAUCCUGGUGUGGAGCUUGCAAAGCUUUAAAGCCUAAAUUUGCAGAAUCUACAGAAAUUUCAGAACUUUCCCAUAAUUUUGUUAUGGUAAAUCUUGAGGAUGAAGAGGAGCCCAAAGAUGAAGAUUUCAGCCCUGAUGGGGGUUACAUUCCUCGAAUCCUCUUCCUGGAUCCCAGUGGGAAGGUGCGUCCGGAAAUCAUCAAUGAGAAUGGAAACCCCAGCUACAAGUAUUUCUACAUCAGUGCUGAGCAAGUUGUUCAGGGAAUGAAGGAAGCUCAGGAAAGACUGACAGGUGAUGCCUUCAGAGAGAAACAUCUUGAAGAUGAAUUGUAAUAUGGAUGUAUCCUUUCUUCCAUCAAAGUUAGUGUUCUGGAAAGAAAGCAGCAGAAAAGGGAAUAUUGUGAAAUUGUAAAAACCAUUAAAACAGCAAAGAAAUCUUGCUCUACCUACACUGGAAGGAGCAUUCUGACUAUGGAAGAGUUCUGCUAGCAAGCUGGUCUCCAUGUUUUUUAAUCUAGCAGAGUGUAGCCAACUUCCUUCUGCCCCCUAGCUCCUAAAUGUCAUUUUGUCAUUGAAUGUAAAAAUUGAACCCUUUUGACACAAAA